AUGGAGGGCGACGUCGACGGCAUAAUGGAGUGUCCGCGAGGGAGCGACGAGCAGUCGCAACGAGCGCGGGAGAAAUGGGACGCUUGGAAACAGCAAAACGGCCUCUCCCGCACUGAAGCCAAACGCCGCUACAUCACCACCCUCAUCGACACCAUGCACAAAUACGCCUCGCCCUCGCCCGACUCCCGGGAACUAGUUGCCGAGCUCGAGUUUGUCUGGGACCAAGUCAAGUCAAACGUACCUUCCUCGUCGUCCUCGUCGCCCCUACGCACCGCCGACCACAUAACCCCCGGAUACACUUCACAGCACGAGCUAGGCCAAAGCGGGCGGGCAGCCAUGAACACCAGCGCCGACAUGGACCAAGACACGCCCGGCCAGAUGCGAGGGCAGGAACAGCGCGACAUACCCCUGCGCGUCAAAUCGCCCAUGUCGCAAUCCGAAGAAGAGCUCGAGGAAGAAGAAGCGGAAAUCGACCGCGGCGAAGUCUUUGUUGAUGCCCCAGACAGCCAAUACAACCCUACAUCCUACCCGGACGAUGACCAGCCCGAACUAGAAGACGCAGGUGUCCAGACCGAUCUCCAGCAAUUGAUAAGAGCGGAACCUAUACCCAUGCAAACACCCACGCCCGCCCCGCGAAAUAGAGGCAUGGGCGUGCUGGGGAAACCAAUACAGAUGAACAUACCGGGUCUCGGCGGAACACCAGCCGCCGGGAACGCCGCCACCGCAGCAGCAUCAAAAGAAUCUCCUAAGGAAUCCGCCGCAGACCAGAAGUGGAGAAAGCGUGUGGAGCAGUCAUUGAUGAAAAUGACGGCCGAAGUCGCAGCACUACGUGAACAGCUUGAGGCGAGGAGGUUGUUCGCACAUUCGGCGCAUUAUCGCUUGUUUAGAGGGAUAUGGAGGUGGGUGUGGGCUUGCCUCAAGCACGUGGCUGUUGAUGUGUUUAUAUUGGGUAUUGUGCUGCUUUGGAUGCGGAGGAAGAAGGAUAGGAGGUUGGAAGGCGCGAUAAGGGUUCUGCUGGGAGAUGCGGUGGCGCAGAUGCAAAGGGGUGGGGGAGCGGUGUUUGGCAGGGUUAGGAUACCGCUGCUACGAGGGGGCAGCAGGAAGCCAGUCACGGCGUCGUGAAUUGAAGGGGUACAAUGCGACAUGGCGCUUCAAAGUCUUUCUCUCUCUCUCUUCUCUUGCGUACCGAACCUCUCAGUCCAUGUUCCCUACGUCUCUCAUCCUUAGCACCUUCUCUUUUCGACCUUCCCAUUCCCCAAGCUUCUCUGGGAAACAUUGCCUAACCAACACUUCCCCAUAUCCCUCCAACCUGGUUUCCACCUCCCUCAAUGCCCCGACAACACCACUCUUCCCUACAAUCACGUCCACAGACUCGAACUUCAUGCCUCCUACCGUUGGCUCCCUCGGUAAAGCAGCAAUAGCCACGUUACUAAUGGUACCACAGAACAUGAUUGCUAGCAUGCCUACCGCUGCGACAUCCGAGAGUUGCGUGCAAAGAAGUGCUUGACU